GGGAGUCUGAAUCUGACAGUGAAGCAUCAGAUGUUAGUGGCUCUGAUGGAGAAGACACCUCAUGGAUUUCAUGGUAUUGCAACCUAAGAGGGAAUGAGUUCUUCUGUGAAGUCGAUGAUGAUUACAUUCAAGAUGACUUCAAUCUUUGUGGGCUUAGCAGUCAAGUUCCAUAUUAUGAUUAUGCUCUUGAUCUCAUUUUAGAUAUCGAGUCUUCUCAUGGUGAUAUUUUCACAGAAGAACAAAAUGAGCUAGUGGAAUCAGCUGCUGAGAUGUUGUAUGGGCUAAUUCAUGCGCGAUACAUUCUGACCAGUAAAGGGUUGGCUGCUAUGCUGGAGAAAUACAAGAACUAUGACUUUGGACGAUGUCCACGGGUUUAUUGCUGUGGCCAACCAUGUCUACCAGUUGGACAAUCGGAUAUUCACCGAUCUAGUACAGUGAAGAUAUACUGUCCUAAGUGCGAAGACAUCUACUAUCCACGGUCUAAAUACCAAGGCAAUAUUGAUGGAGCCUACUUUGGGACAACAUUUCCUCACCUGUUUCUGAUGACGUACGAUCACCUCAAGCCCCAGAAGCCCUCGCAGCGCUAUGUUCCUCGCGUAUUUGGCUUCAAGCUCCACAACCACAAGCCGUGAUGCGGAGGUGAAGGAAAAGAUAAGAGGCCCCGGAAGACUACUGUAAGAGUGCAAUCGCCAGAUCAUGCUGCCCACCCAUAUUGUGUGCCCUGUCUGGUCUAUUUAACAUUGAAAUAUUGGUAUAAAAGAAGACAUGAGACGAUGUUGUAACCUAAUUCCAGCUCUACUGGCUAGUAAAUCUGGACCUCUGUUUCCAAAACCAGCAGCUAUCGAGAAAUCAAAGUUAUGGUCGACAA